GCGUCGCCGUCGCCAGGCACCGUCCGCGCCGAGCGCCCGCGUCGCCAGCGACAUGUCCGAGCGCAAAGAAGGCAGAGGGAAGGGGAAAGGCAAGAAGAAGGACCGAGGCUCCGGCAAGAAGCUCGAGCCCGCCCAAGGCAACCCGAGUCCAGCCUUGCCUCCCCGAUUGAAAGAAAUGAAAAGCCAAGAAUCAGUGGCGGGCUCCAAACUAGUGCUUCGGUGUGAAACCAGUUCUGAAUACCCCACCCUCAGAUUCAAAUGGUUCAAGAACGGGAGUGAGUUAAACAAAAAAAACAAGCCACAGAACAUCAAGAUCCAAAAAAAGCCAGGAAAGUCAGAACUUCGAAUUAACAAAGCAUCACUGGCUGAUUCUGGAGAAUAUAUGUGCAAAGUGAUCAGCAAACUAGGAAAUGACAGUACCUCUGCCAACAUCACCAUUGUGGACUCGAAUGAGAUCAGCACUGGCAUGCCAGCCUCAACUGAAAGAACGUUUGUGUCUUCAGAGUCUCCCAUUAGAAUAUCAGUAUCCACAGAAGGUGCAAAUACUUCCUCAUCUACAUCUACAUCUACCACUGGCACAAGUCAUCUUGUCAAGUGUGCAGAGAAGGAGAAAACUUUCUGUGUGAAUGGAGGAGAGUGCUUCAUGGUGAAAGACCUUUCCAACCCUUCAAGAUAUUUGUGCAAGUGCCCAAAUGAGUUUACUGGUGAUCGCUGCCAAAACUACGUAAUGGCCAGCUUCUACAAAGCGGAGGAGCUCUACCAGAAGAGAGUGCUGACAAUAACUGGUAUCUGCAUUGCCCUGCUGGUGGUUGGCAUCAUGUGUGUGGUGGCCUACUGCAAAACCAAGAAACAGCGGAAAAAGCUUCACGACCGGCUUCGGCAAAGUCUUCGAUCUGAACGGAACAAUAUGGUGAACAUAGCCAAUGGGCCUCACCACCCAAACCCGCCCCCUGAGAACGUCCAACUGGUGAAUCAAUAUGUAUCUAAGAACGUCAUCUCCAGUGAGCAUAUCGUUGAGAGAGAAGCAGAGACAUCUUUUUCCACCAGUCAUUAUACCUCAACAGCCCAUCACUCUACUACUGUCACUCAGACUCCUAGUCACAGCUGGAGCAAUGGACACACAGAAAGCAUCCUUUCGGGGAGCCACUCUGUAAUCAUGAUGUCAUCAGUAGAAAACAGUAGGCACAGCAGCCCUUCUGGGGGUCCAAGAGGACGUCUUAAUGGCUUGGGAGGCCCUCGAGAAUGUAACAGCUUCCUCAGGCAUGCCAGAGAAACCCCUGACUCCUACCGAGACUCUCCUCAUAGUGAAAGGUAUGUGUCAGCCAUGACCACCCCGGCUCGUAUGUCACCAGUAGAUUUCCACACGCCAAGCUCCCCCAAAUCGCCCCCUUCGGAAAUGUCUCCGCCUGUGUCCAGCAUGACGGUAUCCAUGCCUUCCAUGGCAGUGAGCCCCUUCAUAGAAGAAGAGAGACCUCUGCUUCUUGUGACGCCACCAAGGCUGCGGGAGAAGAAGUAUGAUCACCACCCUCCACAAUUCAACUCUUUCCAUCACAACCCUGUGCAUGAGAGUAGCAGCCUUCCCCCUAGCCCCUUGAGGAUAGUGGAGGAUGAGGAGUAUGAAACAACCCAGGAGUAUGAGCCAGCUCAAGAGCCUGUUAAGAAACUCACCAACAGCCGGAGGGCCAAAAGAACCAAGCCCAAUGGCCACAUUGCCAACAGGUUGGAAAUGGACAGCAACACAAGCUCUGAGAGCAGUAACUCAGAGAGUGAAACAGAAGAUGAGAGAGUAGGUGAAGAUACACCUUUCCUGGGCAUACAGAACCCCCUGGCAGCCAGUGUUGAAGUGACACCUGCCUUUCGCCUGACUGACAACAGGACUAACCCAGCAGGCCGCUUCUCCACCCAGGAAGAAUUACAGGCCAGGCUGUCUAGUGUCAUUGCUAACCAAGACCCUAUCGCUGUAUAAAACCCAAAUAAACACAUAGAUUCACCUGUAAAACUUUAUUUUAUAUAAUAAAGUAUUCCACCUUAAAUUAAACAAUUUAUUUUAUUUUAGCAGUUCUGCAAAUAGAAAACAGGAAAAAAAACUUUUAUAAAUUAAAUAUAUGUAUGUAAAAAAAUGUGUUAUGUGCCAUAUGUAGCAAUUUUUUACAGUAUUUCAAAAUGAGAAAGAUAUCAAUGGUGCCUUUAUGUUAUGUUAUGUCCAGAGCAAGUUUUGUACAGUUACAGUGAUUGCUUUUCCACAGUAUUUCAGCAAAACCUUCCAGAUAUUCAGUUUUUGCUGGCUUCUUGUGCAUUGCAUUCUAAUGUGGACUGGAUGUAUGAUUUGCAAGACUUGCAAUUGUCUGUUUGCUUGUAGCAGCACCCCAACCAGUACGUCUUGUAAUGGCACAUCCAUCCAAGUACUCUUCUCUUUUGUAUGAAAUUUUCUUUGCUUUUUGAAUAUGAAAUGAGUUCUGUCGACUCUGUCAGCCAAAGGUUUGCUUCACCGGGCUCUGAGAUAAUAGUAGAUCCAACAGCAUGCUACUAUUAAAUACAGCAGGAAACUGCAUUAAGUAAUGUUAAAUAUUAGGAAGAAAGUAAUACUGUGAUUU